AUGCCGUUUACAAAGAUGACACUUGAAGCAGAGGACUACUGCGUAACCAGUCCAUCGUCCCGGCCCAGUAUUCCAAGCUGGCUGCGGUCAAGUCCUGCGUUUGUGACGACGAGAUACAUGUCUUCUACCAGACUACGGAUUGCAACGGAGCCAUCCGCCAGGUCACUGGACGCCGAGUUGGGCAUCGACAUCACUACGGGGACGUCGGCUUCUAACAAACCGCCCGUGGUAUUCUUCCAGCAGACCAACUUGGCAACGCGGAGAGUCGACGGUGUCGUGACUAAAGCCUCGCCACACACGCCGCUGGCUGCUACCCACGCCGUAUCCACCAAUUUAAAGGACGUCUUCGUCUUCUACACUUCCAACGCAAAUGAGAUUGAGCGUCUUGCCAUAGAAUCUGACGGACAGGAGAUUGUCUCUACUGAGCUUCUGACAACCACACCGAAGGGCAAUCUCGCCGCCGUCGUCAGGAAGUCGUCGACGAGCUCGACGGAGGAGGAGGUGACUCUCUUUUACCAGUCUGACGAGCCCGCCUACUAUUCAGCAGUCCACGCAUGUGCUAUGACUACCGUUGAAAAUUGGUAG